UAGCAGUGUGCACCGCCGUUCCCUCGCUCCUCGUUACACUCUCGUGUCCAACAGUGUACGCACAUCUCACCGGGGAUCGAUCCCGGGGCGUCUCGGUCCCGGGGCUACAAAUCAGUGUGAUCAAAUGGGAUGACAUUUGUGUAGUGGCGCGCUGUUCCAGGACUGUACGGGCCGUACAUAUACCAUGUGUCGAUAGCCGUCAAUACCACUUAUUGAUCCGGGCAAGUUUUAUUGAGGGAAACCUGGUUGGAUUUAACCAGACACGUGAGAGUCGUACACCACUGGUGUUUUUAGAGUUGUAUUAUUAUUUUAAUUCUGAAGAUCGAUACCUUACCGAGCCAGGUGUGAUAGUUACUUCGGCCUCAAGAUCAGCCUAGUGCCAGUGUAGCCUGCUGAAAGUAUUUUGGUGAACAAAUCAUCCUUUAAAUCAAUAUGUACACACACUAUCUCGCGCCAAACAUGUCGGUGUUGUAGAGUGGCCACCAUGUAACGGUCGGGCAGAGGACGGAUCUGUGAGAGCACUCCCCCUGGAUGUAAACACACCAGCGUUCCUCCUCCUCUUCUCACCACGUGGGUACGUCGGGACCGGCCCUGACCCCCCAACACAUGUUCUCUUCGCGAGAGAACUUAGCAAUGUUUGUGUAUUGGAUGUACGCAUGCGCCGAGCGAUGAUGGCGACACACUCCAAUGUUACGGAGGAAAAACAGUAGCAACUGUAUACUUAAACUCUAAUUGAACAGUGGUGCGCGAUUUAAUGUCGAGGGACAAAUCCUCCCCAUGGACUAUGCACUAUGAUGUGGAAAUCUGGUGCAGGGUACCUAUGGCUGAGCGCGGUUCUGUCGACGGUGAGCGUCUCGGAGCAGACAAUGACUAGAGGACUAGGCAGUGAGGACGAGGUCUCCUUGGUAGAGGAGCUUUUUGAUUUAAGUAACUACAAUCCUCUGAUUCGCCCUGUAGAGAACGUAUCGCAGUCGCUCAUCGUCAAUUUCAGCCUCGCUCUUAGUCAGAUCAUCACGGUGGACGAGAAAAACCAGAUCAUGAAGACCAACGUCUGGCUACAGCUGUAUUGGUACGACUACCAGCUGAAAUGGAAUCCCGCAGACUUCGGAGACAUUACCAGUAUACGUAUACAUCCGGAGAAGGCGUGGCGACCGGAUAUAGUGCUGUUUAACAAUGCUGACGGGAAUUACGAGGUGUCGUACGAAUCCAACGUGGUGCUAAACUACACAGGCAACCAUUACUGGAUUCCGCCCGCAAUCUACAAAAGCUCGUGCACCAUCGAUGUCCAGUACUUCCCGUUUGACCAACAAGAGUGUGAGAUGAAGUUCGGUUCCUGGACAUUCAAAGGCGAUCAGAUGAAAUUUUACUUUUACAGAAAUAUGAACACGCUAGACUUCACCGACUACCUCAAGAGUGGUGUGUGGGACGUGAUCGACUGUCCCGGUAGGAUUGAACCAGGGGAUAACAACACAAAGUCUAUGGUCGUGUUUAAAUUCAUUUUACGGAGGAAAACAUUAUUUUACACAGUGAACUUAAUCAUCCCCUGUGUUCUUAUAUCGUUCGUGAGUGUAUGUGUGUUCGCGCUGCCGGCAGACGCGGGAGAAAAAAUCACCCUUUGUAUAUCCAUUUUACUUGCAUUAGUUGUGUUUCUCCUUCUGAUUUCCAAGAUUUUACCUCCCUCCCUCACCAUCCCCCUUAUUGCCAAAUAUCUCUUGUUUACCUUCAUCAUGAAUAUUUUCGCCAUUGUUUGUACAGUUGUUGUUAUAAAUAGAAACUACAGGACUCCCCGAACACAUAGAAUGCCUUACUGGAUCAGAUACGUCUUUCUAAACGUUUUACCCAGAAUUCUUAUGAUGGAACGACCUGACCACGACAAACGGUGGCGAAAACCGGAGGAGCAAGAACAAGAUACAAAACUUGAAGGAAGUUCAACGGAAAUGCAUAAUACACUUCCGGUGAAUAAGCCGUCCGGGGUUCUGGAGCUUACGGAAAUACACCACCCCAACUGUCGCUUGAACCCAAAACCUACGACAGUGGAUUACAACGCUGAUAGGGACGGUGGUCAAAUCCGAUACCGGAUGUCGGCAGAAGUGAUGAAAGCAACGGAGGCUCUUAGAUUUAUCACACAACACUUGGAGGUGGAAGAUGAAUAUGCAACAAUUUUAGAUGACUGGCGAUACGUUGCCCGGGUGAUGGACCGACUGUUGUUGUACAUAUUUCUGAUGGUGACUUUUGGGGGCACAGUGGGCAUUCUUCUGCAGGCCCCACAUAUUCUCGAGUAUGUGGACCAGGACGAAAUCAUAGACCAGCUAAAAAAAAAGUGGGGCUGACGUCGCUUCCGGUAAAAAAUGGUAAGAAUACCUACUACCGUCUGGUUCGAUAUGACAACAUAUUUCCACUAGACAUGCGCAUACAGUGUCAGUAUGUGAUCACGUCUGGUACGGGGUCAGAGGUCAGACUAAGUACACAACAUUCGGAGGUGUUAUUCGGGAACGACGAAUCAACCAGGUGAUGACGUGUACGUACCACUGAGUACGUGCUGGAUCCUUUAUAAACCACCACUGAGGUUGUGCAUUGUGUGCUUGAAAUACCCAGCACACGUGAUCCCGUGUUCCAUCAGCAGUUGGCAUUCUCCUGUACCAGUUGGUACAAAGUAACAGCAGUAUUUCGUGGGAAUCAAAAUGUUAAACGAGCGAGUGUAUGAUGACAGUGGUAUUGUUCUGAAUGUUAAUUACCCGUGUCGCGUAAUCAGGUGUGAUACGUCUGUUAUAAAGCACGUGUAGGCGUUAAUUUUGUUGAGUUUUUGUAGAUGGUAACGUAGAUGUGUGAGAGUUUUAGCGUAACAGCAUUAAUACUGAUUAUCACACUCAAUCAUCAUUAUCACCCCCAUCCUGGUGGGGCCCUGUACCAUAUCCAAGCACAAAUCAUGUUUAUGAUGUAUUCAUAUUGGUUUUUAAGAUAUGCGUGUACGAACAAUCAUUUUUCACGUGCCCCUAUCAUUGUUUAUUGGUGAAAUGAAAAUAGGUGAAUACUAUUAUUGUAAUGAUUUUACUGUGAACUGUAGUUCUUUGGUACCUUCAAACUAUUAUGUAUUUUUAGAAACAAAAUCAUCGAUAACAGUAAAUUUUGUGUGUAUUUAUAUUACGAACAAAGCCAUCACUGAGCAUAAGAAACAUCGAAUAAAAUUCCAAAUUGAGUAUUUGGUGGUUUACAUUUUCGUAAUCUGAAACAUUUAACUCACAUAAGUGAAUUGAAAAGCAGUUUGUUCGCUUCAGGUAGUCAACUAGAUAAUCCGGUAGAAUACUCUACUCCUGUGACUCUAUGCAAUGUUUGAGUUCUGGCUAAUGAUAUGUUACCUGUACGAACCCGUUAACGGUAAUCCAGCAAGUGCAGACCUUGAAGCAAUAGGCUGCAACUGUAUCAAACCAUGCGAAUGUUAGCCAAGUGUUAUAGAAUUUCAAUAAAUCUCGUCAUAGGCUGGAAUCAAACCUCCAACGUGCUAACUUAUGAAUUGACAUCAAAAUAAUAACGCAAGUGUGAUCAUCAGGACUAACUAAAGUGAACUCGCAUGCGUUCUGAAUAGAACUAUUCUGUAAUAAUUCCUAUAUUUAAUUGAAGUGAUUUUCAAAUGGAGGCGAUGUUCGUUUUAACAGCAAAGAACUAUGACCUAUAAUUUGAAUAUUUCACUGAAGAAUGUUUGUCUUUAAUUUAAUUAAGUAUUUCUGCACGUUUCUGUCAUUCAUGAUAUUGACAACUGAACCAAAAACAGCUUAAACAAUGGCGAUCGUAUUUCAAAACAUACUUACUUUAUUCAAAUACGUGAGCUCUUCUCUGUCAGAUUAACAAGUAAGUUCGUCAUUUUGUGUUGGACGUUUGAAAUUUGAUUUGAUAUGACAACGGUGUUGGUAAUUAAAACAGCGUUACCGCAAUACAUCAAAUGUUACACCUUAUCUAAUUGGAUGAAAAAAUACAUAUAUAUAAGAUUUAUUGUGUCAAAACCAUUGCCAGCUGUGAUUGGUCAAAAUACGAGUCGUUGUCUUUGGCCGCAAAAUAGAUGCAAUCGAGCCAAUAGCAAUAACUAGAUGUUUCACUCCGUAGUAAUGUAGAUUUUCACGAUUUGAAUUAUUUGUGAGGUGAUUUCUCGUCAUGGUGUUGUUCAUAUUAUUUAUGGGUAUGUCGACUGUUUCUGUAUUGAUAUCAAACACCUUUUACAGACAUUAGAUGUUAUUUGAGAUGUAUAAAGUAUAUAAGGGUUUUCAAAUGAAAUCAGUUUUAUAUGACGUUACUUGUCUUUACUUUUAUUUAAAUAUUUUCACAGAAAUCGUUUGAUGUAUAUGGUUUUACUCUGGUGAUUCGGGUUUAAAUAUCGACAUAUUUCGCUGCCGGUUGAUAUGGCAACUACAAAUUGGGGAAACAUUAAAAAGAUAUUUGAACGUUGUUGACAACUAGAUACAGUACCUGUCAAUGUUUUUUUGUGUCUAUUUCCACAUAUUGAUUGAUCCUCACUUCCAUAUUGUGUGUCUCCACAAUUGUAGAUUUGGCAGUAGUCUUUACGUCAUGGUCACUAUAGCACCGAUCGUGACGUGACUUCCGGCAGACUGAGAGAACAACUUCCGGUUGUCUGCGCUAUGACAGUCCAUUGUGUAUAAUUCAUAUCACUGUAUUCGUUAUAAUGUUACACAA